AUGGAGGAGAUAACAAACAACAAACAAGAACUUUUGUCGUCUGAAGAAGAAUAUUGCGAAAACCUUUACAAAAAUACAACAACAAGACGAUCUGAUGGACGAUUUGAAGUCAAAAUUCCUAUGAAACCGAACUUUGAACAAAACCUGGGUGCAUCCAAGCAACAAGCGAUCGCCCAGUUCAAACAACUCGAAAAACGUCUCAACAAACAACAAGAACUUUCUGAGAGUUACAAAACAUUUAUUGACGAGUAUUUGAACCUUGGACAUAUGAAGAGGUGUACCAUGCCGCAAGAACCUAGCUGUUUUCUGCCUCACCAUGGUGUUUACAAGUCAGAAUCAACAACAACAAAACUUAGAGUUGUUUUCAAUGCCUCCGCCAAGACAACAACAGGCUAUACUUUGAACCAACUCAUGGAAUCUGGAGCAAAUCUGCAACAAGACCUCCAAACACUGCUGCUGGGGUGGAGAACAUAUCAGUAUGUCUACACAGCUGAUAUCGAAAAAUUCUAUAGACAGAUUAACAUCCAGGAAGCUGACCAACACCUGCAAAAAAUCGUGUGA